AUGGCCGCCGCCAGCGUCACCUCCGUUGACCUCACCGGCCUCAAGAAGAUCGGCCAGGGCAAGGUCCGCGACGUCUUCGAGGUCGACGACAAGACCCUCCUCUUCGUCGCCUCCGACCGCGUCUCGGCCUUUGACGUCGUCAUGAAGAACGGCAUCCCCGACAAGGGCGCCAUCCUCACCCACGCUUCCGCCCACUGGUUCAAGGUCCUCUCGGACCGCGUCCCCGGCCUCAAGACCCACUUCCUCACUCUGGACCCCCCGGCCGGCCUGCCCGCCGCCGACGCCGCUCUCAUCAAGAACCGCUCCAUGCAGGUCCGUCGGCUCAAGGUCAUCCCCCUGGAAGCCAUCGUCCGCGGCUACAUCACCGGCUCCGCCUGGAGCGAGUACAAGGCCAAGGGCACCGUGCACGGCAUCCGGGUGCCCGAGGGCAUGCAGCAGUCGCAGGCCUUCGAGACGCCGCUGUACACGCCCAGCACCAAGGCCGAGCAGGGCGAGCACGACGAGAACAUCCACCCGGACGAGGCGGCGCGCAUCGUCGGCGACGCGGCCCUCGCAAAGCGCGUCGAGGAGCUCGCCCUGGCGCUGUACUCGGCGGCCCGCGACUACGCGCGCGAGCGCGGCAUCAUCCUCGCCGACACCAAGUUCGAGUUCGGCGUCGACCCGGCCACGGGCGACGUCGUGCUCGUCGACGAGGUGCUGACGCCCGACAGCAGCCGCUACUGGCCCGCCGAGGGCUACGCCGUCGGCCGCGACCAGGAGAGCUUCGACAAGCAGUUCAUCCGCAACUGGCUCAUUGAGCACGGGCUCAAGGGCAAGGAGGGCGUCGAGCUGCCCGAGGACGUGUGCCGCGCCACGGCCGACAAGUACAAGGACGUGUUCCUCAAGCUCGUGGGCAAGAGCUUCGACGACGUCGUCGCGCAGCCGUGA